AUGCACAUUCGACUCUAUCUAUGGACCACAUACCUCGUCCUCGGUCUGAUUUAUGCUGUAUGGGCUGUUCCAGUUCCUGGACCGCUAGGGACAACUGCAAUUCGCAAUGCACCGGGCCCUAGUUUUAAGAAGAGGGUGUCGAUGGUGUACAGGUUUCCAUUACCAUUUGCGAAGACUCUCGUGCCUUUUGAUGAACAUGGAAAGGAAUCUCUCGCUGCAAAAGCUGUGGUUGAUAUGAUCAUGCAACAGGUCGCGGGAGAACUGCAUCUUCCGAUGUCGUCGAAAGGUACAGGAACAGGCUCUGCUCAAUUACCAGAGAUUGUCAUCGACAAUGCAUGUAGUAGCUCUCUGAAGGGGUACACACCUUCAAAAACAUUCGAGUUUGAAAUCACCAAUGAAGACGGUACAGGGUGUUGUCGCGGUGGCUGCACAUGCUUUGUGAGACCUGCGCUGAAGAAACCAGGGGUCUAUGAAGUAGGCAUUACCGAUAUAUGGGCAGACAAAUAUGUCAUUGGGAGGUCGUUGACAAUGGAUCCUGAGGCACUGCAGGCUUUAAACACUACUUUCCCCUUCAGAUGGCCUGAAUAG